AUGGCGCCAACGAAGGAAUCCACCUCGGUGCCGCUGGCUGAUUACUUCUUCAUAUCCGGCAUAGAGUCGACCCAGAUCUACGACGAACGCGAACAUGCUGCCGCUUCUCCCCCGCCGGUAGACGAGACGAUUGAGGAAGACAUUGCCCUCGAGACAGACAGUGUCACUUCGCCGAGACCUUCGACACCAGGCUCGCCCAACACAGAUAGGACCAAGAGGGGAUCUUCACGCUACAGCUGGGAAGCGCGCAAGAGCAUUAGCAGUGUCAUCGGCCCCAGUGACUUCAAACCAUCGCCCAGCAAUCGCAGCAGUGCUACCAUCAAAGGUCUGCAAACAGAAACGCCUGGCCUCAGCGACGAAGAUUUCGAGAUCGCACUUCGCAAGUUUGCUUCGGAGAGAGAGAACUUCCUGGAGGAAAUACAAGUGCAAGCAGGAGCAGUUGUGCCGCAAACAUCGCGAACACCAAAGCCCAGACCGAGAACACUCCGCAUCACAAGCUCAGAGGAUGCAUCAAACAAUGCGGCGGCACAGAAGGGUGGAAUCAAUGGCCUAAGGAGGCGCUUGUCGACUAUGAACAGCAUGAAGAGACAGCCCUCGGUCUCACUGUCAAGGCAGCCUUCUACACGCACGUCCAAACGCUUGAGUGGCUACAACUCUGUCAUCCCUACGCCGAAACCUUUCAAAGCCUCCCCCGACAUGCAUCCCCUGAAACGACGAUACGAACCAGUUCUGCUAGACAGAUACCCCCCAAAAGCCCAAGAUGACGAGAUGAAGCGACGAUGCCCUUUUCCCGAUUACGUUCCCAUGUUUGCCUUUCCAAACGAUGUUGUAGUCGUCUCGUCCGAUGAGCGACCACGAUCCACCUGGCACGGCUUUGCCAUGACGACUGGAGACGGCUCUAAGCUGCAUGCCAUUUGUGUCACGGUAUGGAUGCCCUUGAACGAGUCAGCAUCGGUCGAGCUUGAGCGACAAUGCGAGGCAUGGCGGAAAGCCAACAUGAGCGAUGAAGAGAGGGAAUUGGCUAGUAGCUUGGGAGAACGCCUGGCGGGAGAAAGAGCAAAACUCUCGAGAUUGCUCGCCGAACUGCCUAAUGCUGCUCAAGGUUCUGCUGAGAGAGAAACGCUCGAUGAGCAGAUCAGUGCUGUCGAGGAAAAGAUUUCUCUCAUGGCCGAUCUGCUGCGCCCAGUACGACACGGAGCUGCCUCCAAGAUUGAGGGUCUGACCGAUGGCGAGAGUGGCUUCUGGAUUCCUCGAUGCUACGGUGUGCUCGGCAAAGAUGGCGCCAUGACAAGUUUCUGGAAAGAGUGGCUUAAGGCCAUUGUUACACCCAUGACAAACGGCGCUGUGCUUCGCGUGCCUCCAAGUUCCCCCAAGAUCGGCAUGUGGCAGCCGCUCGAACGAUACGUUGUGAACUUGUGCGUUGAAGCUCCAAGUCCUAUGUCGUCCAGCACCCAGAUUGAAGUCGCAAUUCGUGAACUGCGCUUGUAUGCCAGGAAAGAGGCCGAAAAUGAAAUCCCUGGCUCACGAAACACCGACAUCUACGCUCUUUUCCGAGCACUCUCCUUGAACAACAUCAUCACCUUGUUCGAGUACGUCUUGUCAGAAUCACGCAUAAUCUUGCUCUCAUCGCACACAUCUAUGCUCCAUCUUGCAAGCGCUGCCAUUACCAGUCUAUUAUACCCAUUGAAGUGGGCCGGAGUUUUUAUCCCUGUUUUGCCAGCACGACUAAUCCAGGCUCUCGAAGCCCCCUGCCCUUACAUCGUUGGUGUGGAGCGAAGAUACGAAAAUCUUGAGUUCCCUGAUGACGAUUUUGUCCUCGUGGAUUUGGAUCAGGACAUCAUCGAAAGCACGGCCAGACCAACGCUCCUGCCUCGUCAACAACGCAGGAAGCUCAUCGCUUCGUUGCAGGUAGUCGCACCCCAUCACACACGCUACGGCGUGCCCGUGGGUCCUCCCUCGUAUGCCAUUGAGACAUUCCCGAACGACGCCUUCGCUUCAGAGAACCCUCAGAUUUACAGUCAAAGAGCCGUUCCCUCAAGUCUGGCAUCUUUGGUUGGUGCAAACUCUGCUGCUUUUUCGGAAAUUCAAGUGCCUACGCAAAACCGCGCCAUUGUCCUUAACGCCUUCCUCAACUUCAGAACUACUUCGCGAGGAAGCGACCGCCCAUCAACAAGCUCAACCACAAGAGAAGACCGCCGAUCCUCAUCUACCCGAUCUCCGCCAUCUCCCACCAUUCCAUCCCCAUUGUCGCAGACCUUCCCCACAACGCCUGUCUCUAGGAAUGAUUCGGGCUAUAGCAUGCAGACUUCGCUGCGUGAGAAGCGUUCUGCACAUUUCGAUGUAGCGAGCAGGCGCAACUCUUCCUUCGGUUUCGAUCGUAUGGCAAACCUCCGAAGACCCAGUGCCGCUAACAGCACUCAACCCUUCAUCAGCCAUAACAGCAGCAUGUCAACAUCGACUCUAGCGAACUCUGCUGGGUACGCACCAUCAGUCUAUGCACCUUCUACUCUCGCCGCUUCUACCAUCAUGCCAGCCGCAAUUCAACCUUCUUGUCCACGAGACACCGAAACUACCAAAUGGGUUGAGGGUCAUUGCUUGGUCUGGCGUCCACGCGAAGACAAGAUGUACUGCAGCAUUUGCGACGAGAAAUGCGAGGAUGGCGUCUAUCGCUGUGGUGGAUGCAACACCAACGUACACCCACGCUGUCUUCACCAGAUCUCGGUCGUCUGUCCCCUCGCAUUCCGCCCUGAGGCUGUACGUGCUGUGUUCGUCCGCUGCUUUGCCUCGCUGCUCUACACUUACCGUCGCUUCAUGCAUCCUGCUUCGGGUGAGCGCAGAAAAGCAGGCAUGGUGUAUCACUUCAACAUGGAUCAAUUCAUCCGCAGUGUACCCGGCGAGGCGACUGAAUACAUUACUAUGAUGCGCGAAACGCAGAUGUUCAAUGAAUUCAUACACGAGCGCGAAUCCACUCGUGCCGAGAAUCCGUCCAUCAAGCUGUUCGACGAAAUCAUCCUCGCCAAGCGGAACAGGGGUCGUGGCUCCAUCUUCUCCAAGCACAACACCUCUUGGUUGUUCGACACUUCAGAACACUUGUGGCGUUCCGCCUCGACUGCAGCACCAAACUCUCGUUUCCCUGGUGACUAUCGCCAGGUCGUUAGUAGAAUCCCGGCGAAGCUGGACACCACACUCAUGAAGGAGCCCAGAGCAGUACAAGGUCUGCCUCGCCCACAGACACGCACAAAGCGCAAGCCUAUACCUUCCAUGAUGGGUCUGAGCGUUGACGAAGAAACCACUGCAUGA